CAUUUUCCUAUGAUAAAAAAUCUACAUAUUUUUUCUACUUGACAUUAUUUUUGAGUGGAAAAAAAAUGGCUGAAUCUACGAGUACAACAACGAAGCUUGAAGAACAAUUAAUGGAUAGAGAGGAAGAGAAAGGUGAUGAUAAACUAAGAGAAAUGUUUCUAGUAGAGCUGAAUCUUGUUCUUGUUCUCUCAUUUUUUUCGUUAUCAUCUGAAGAACGAAAAUUAGAGGAAUUUGAGAUCGAUAAUGAUAAAGAUCAUCAAGAACACAACAUUAUUUCUAAAGUUAAUUCCAAGAAACGCGGAGGAAUCAAUAAAUACAGAGCUACUGAACAUGAAUUUCCCAGGUUUCAAACCAAGAUUAAGGAUUGCAGACACUGCAGAAGAAUGUGAAGAAUAACAUCUUUGUGGCAAAGCAAGCAAAAA